CAUGAAUUCAGCCCCAAAUUACAGACUGGCCCAGGAAAGGGAAUUUCACAAGUACAUCCCCCCCGACGACUCUCAGUCCUACUAUAUCCCUUCAGACCCUGGCAGCCAGAGCACCUUCGACCCUCAAGCAUCACAGGAUGCGGCACUAACGUCAUUUGCUCAACUAGGCGCUAUCCGUCUGAGGACCGAACGAGCGUUGAUAUCCCUGUUCGACCGCACCCACCAGCAUGUAGUGGCGGAAGCGACCCCGACGCUGGACCUGGUCGGCGGCCGAUGUCAAGACGAGAAAGAUCGGUUACGGCUUGGAUGCUGCGUCCUGCCCAAAGAAAAGGGAAUUUGCCACCAUGUAGAAGGGCUGAAAUCCCGGGGAACUGCCGAACAUGAUGAGCUCCGAAGCGAGGACGCCUUUGUGGUGAUGGACACGAGUAAGCACGAACGAUUCAGCGGCAGCAACCUGAUCGAGGCAAUAUCAGACACACACUUCUACGCGGCAGUACCAAUCGUCAGCCCGCGGGGGUUCACGAUAGGGGCGUACAGUGUACUCGACAGCAAGCCGAGAACAACACCACCGAGUCAGAACGAGGUCGAGUUUAUGAAGAACAUGGCGGCCACGGUGAUGAAGCACUUGGAAAUGGAGCACUCAGCGUUGAGAAACGCCCAGGCCGAGCGUAAGAUGGUGGGACUUGGGAGUUUCAUCGAGGGGAGGUCUACGCUUCGUGACUCCUGGAAAGAAGCAGAUGCACAAUAUGCUGCCUCACAGGAGUCAGGGCAGCCAAGAGAGGGCCAAUUGAACAUUCAGCAGCAAGACUUACAGCAGUUUGGCAACGGACAGAGCAAGAAGGACCUCCCUGUACGCGAACGACCUGCGAAGUCGACGAAUGGCCCAACGCCACGGAUCGAGACAGAGAACAAGACGGUCCGAACGGUGGCCGCGGGCGAAACCCUACAGGACCAUACCCUUUCGGAUGGCAUUAAGCAAACGUUCUCGCGCGCUGCGAAUCUGAUCAGAGAGUCUAUUGGGGCCGAGGGCGUCCUGUUCCUCAGUGCCGAUAGUGUGCGAUUCGGGAAUCUCGUCCCACGCAACACUCGCAGAGUGUCUGGCCCCGCCGCGAAGCACCCAAAGCACAGUGAUGACGACGAGAGUACGGACUCGUCGGGGGCAUCCUGGGAUAGUAAUACAGAGGCAGAGUCGGAGAACACCCCGGUGUCCGAGUGCCUGGGCUUCUCGAGCUCAACUCAGUCGAGUAUUGACGCCGAGGCAGACGCUGGUCAAGCGAUAGUCGUGCCAGAGCCAUUGUUCAGCUCGCUGAUCCGGCGAUAUCCGCGAGGCAAGAUCUUCUCUUACAAUAACAACGGGUCUGUUUCAGAAGACAGCGACAGCUUAUCGACGACCCCAGCAGGGCAAGUCCGCCGCAGUCGGGAGAAGCGCGCAUCCAGCAGACGGCGGCGCAAGCCAACGUUUGAGCAAGACGCCCAUAGCCUGAUCAGCAUCUUCGCUGGUGCCAGGAACAUUCUCCUGCUGCCGAUCUGGGACUCCGACAAGAGUCGGUGGUUUGCUGGAACGCUGGUCUGGACAAACGACCCGGGCCACGUCUUCACGUUCGAGGAUGAGGUCACGUAUAUCUCUGCGUUUGCCAACAGCAUCAUGGCGGAGAUCCGUCGGCUGGAUGUCGAGAUAGCAGAGAAGGCAAAGACAAACCUGGUCAGCAGCAUCACUCAUGAGCUACGCAAUCCACUCCACGGUAUUCUGGGCACAUCGGAGAUCCUCAGCGACACCGCCAUGAAUGCCCUGCAACAUGGCAUGGUUCAUACCAUUGAAUCCUGUGGGCGCACCCUGCUAGAUACCAUCAACCACCUUCUCGAUCUUACCGUCAUCGACAAGUAUCAGAGACAGUCACCGCAGUCAGGGAAGAACAAAGUUAGAAAGAAAAGGCCUACGCCUGGGAUUCCGAAAGGCCCAGACGCUUUGCAAAGUAAAGAGCGCGGAGAGAACCUUUCGUUUACGCAUGUUCAGCUGGACUCUGUAUUGGAAGAGGUCACCGAGUGUGUCUUUGCCGGUUACAGCUUCUAUACGCACCCGAGCGCACCACCACCGGCCAUGACCAGCUCGUCGUCGCGCUGGGGUGGCCCGACAAGCAAAUCUGAUCCUGUUGGACCUCGUGCGAGCCAGGUAACCAUCAUAUUCGACAUCCAGCCAGAUACAGAAUGGCACUUCUAUACACAUGCGGGCGCGUGGCGUCGGAUUCUAAUGAAUAUCUUUGGCAACGCCCUCAAGUAUACCAAGUCUGGGUUUAUCUAUCUCGGAUUGAGCUCCAAACAGAUUGACCCAGACCCGCUGUCGAAGGACUCGCAGCACAAAGAAGAGCCCGAGUUCGAAGUUACCCUGACGGUGAAAGACACUGGAAAAGGCAUUGGGCCGAAGUAUCUCCAGGAGGGCCUCUUCACCGCGUUCUCGCAGGAAGAUCCACUGGCCUCUGGAAGCGGGCUUGGUCUCAGCAUUGUUCGACAGGCCGUGGGGUUCCUUGGUGGCUCGAUCGAGAUUGAAUCAACGCAGAAUGUCGGGACAACGCUCUCAAUACGCACGCCCCUGGCUCUAUUGUCCGACACAUCCGACAACUCCUCGUCCAGUGCCGUCUUCAGAUCCAUGCAGAAAUAUACCCAGGACAAGUCCAUUGGGUUUCUUGGGUUCGGCUCGGAUCUGCAAUCCAGUCGAGAUAAAUCCCUGUACUCGUCCCUGGAACGACUGUGCCACGACUGGUUUGGUCUCGAGGUUGCCAGAACAUCUGUACGUGGUGACGAGGAGAAGUUCGACUUCUAUCUGGCGGUGCAAACAGAGCUCAACAGCGAGGACACGCAAGGAAGAGACUUGUUUGGCCGCAGCCAGCGUCUGGUAGACCGGAAUGGACGCCUAGCACCAGUUGUAGUAAUCUGCCAGUCGCCCGAAGAAGCUCACAGUAUGUUCGUGGCGGCGAAGAGCAGAAGCGAGAUGCUCUACUUUGAAUUCAUCAGCCAACCAUGCGGGCCCCGGAAGCUGGCGCGUGCGCUGGACAUCUGCGUCAAGCGACAGGCAGAGCAGAGCCCGAGUGAUAUCAAACCUGACGAGACAACUCACUGGGUGGAAAUGCCUGGUUCGUCCCGGCUGCCCCUGGAUGUUGGGCCCAGCGAGCCCCCCAGCAAUAGAAUGAAGAUCAGCAAACGCCCAACGACGGACACCAUGGGCGAUGAAUCUGAAAAGGAGUCUGCAGCCAAAUCGCCGGAGGAAGCUCCCGAGACAGCGGUCCUACUGGUGGACGACAACGACCUCAACCUGCAGCUGCUUUGUGCGUACACCGAGAAGGACAAUCAUCCUUAUAUGACAGCCCAGAACGGGGCAGAGGCAGUGGAGGCGUACAAAGCUGAUCCUGGAAAGUACCAGUUUGUCAUCAUUGACAUCUCAAUGCCAGUCAUGGAUGGGUUUGAAGCGUCUCGACAGAUCCGCCGCAUCGAACAAGAGCAUCGAGCCAAGAUGAGCGAGUCCGAGCAGAAGGCGUCCCCGCGCACUGUAAUUGCUGCAUUGACCGGCCUUGAUAGCCCCAGCACCCAGAAAGAGGCCUUCUCUUCAGGCAUCGACACGUUCCUGAUCAAACCAGUGAAGCGGCCAGAGUUGCAGGCCAUUCUGCGCGGCUAAACGUAGAGAGAUACCCUGUACUAUAUUACGAAGAAAAGAUACCAUAUGUAAUUGAUACCAUAUGUAAUUGAUUUUCUAGCAGGGCUCCUUUCUCUGUUAGACUCGUC